GAGCAGAAAAUGUCGCGCGUAGUUUUGUUGUUGUGCUACUACUUCCGCCUCAUUCAGCGAGGAAUAUCCAUGGCACCUAACGUGCCGCUAACACUUUUUAUGUAAUAGGCACUUAACUUACAUUUAACGUUAGUUAGUGUAAGUUUUUCUAAAACCGGAAACAGAAGUACUGACGGGCAGCAAUGUCGUUGUACGAUGACCUCGGUGUGGCUGCCAACGACACCAAGACCGAAGGAUGGUCCAAGAACUUCAAGCUGCUGCAGUCCCAGCUGAAGGUGAAGAAGGCGGCUCUGACACAGGCCAAGACCCAGCGGAUGAAGCAGACCACAGUGUUGGCUCCGGUCAUUGAUCUGAAGAGAGGUGGCUCCAGUGAUGACAGACAGAUCACAGACACUCCUCCACAUGCUGCCGCUGGAAUCAAGGACGCUGUGCCCAGUGGUUUCUCCUCCGGUGAUGUGCUGAUCCCGUUGGCAGACGAGUACGAUCCAAUGUUCCCCAACGACUACGAGAAGGUGGUGAAGCGGCACCGAGAAGAACGGCAACGGCAGAGAGAGCAGGAGCGUCAGAAGGAGAUCGAGGAGAGGGAAAAGAAGAGGAAAGACAGGAACGAUGGCGGGGCUCCAAGUGGUUUCUCUCGUUUCCCUGCAGAAGAGGGCGACUCAGAUGAGGAGGAUGACUACGAGAAAGAGCGGAGGAAACGAAGUAUGGGUGGAGUAGCUAUUGCCCCUCCUUCUUCACUUGUGGACAGCUCCUCUGCAUUUUCCUACGAGGAUGAAGGUCGUCCUGCCAGAGGCUCCAAGGCUGCCAUCCCUCCACCUAUGUAUGAGGACACUGACCGGCCACGUUCACCGCCCGGACCAACCAGCUCCUUCCUGGCCAACAUGGGAGGUACGGUGGCCCAUAAGAUCAUGCAGAAGUACGGCUUCAAAGAAGGCCAGGGCCUGGGGAAGCACGAGCAGGGCCUCAGCACGGCGCUGUCUGUGGAGAAGACCAGCAAGAGAGGUGGCAAGAUCAUCAUAGGCGAUGCUGCAGAAAAACCAGGGUCCAGCCAAUCAGGUGCUGCUGAAACUUCAGGCGGAGGCUCUGCAGCUGAUUCUUCCAAGAAAUCAGAGGCCAACCCGCUCACAGAGAUCCUCAAAAACCCAACCAAAGUGGUCCUGCUGAGGAACAUGGUGGGCCGAGGGGAGGUGGACGAAGACCUGGAGGGAGAGACGAAAGAAGAGUGCGAGAAAUAUGGCAAAGUGGUUAAAUGUGUCAUUUUCGAGAUUGCAGAGGUGCUAGAUGACGAAGCUGUCAGGAUAUUUCUGGAGUUUGAGAGGGUGGAGUCGGCCAUCAAAGCUGUGGUAGACCUGAAUGGACGUUAUUUCGGCGGGCGAGUCGUCAAGGCCUGCUUCUACAAUCUAGACAAGUUUCGUGUUUUGGAUCUUGGCGAGCAGGUCUGAUGUUUUCCGGGCACUGACAGACAGAAUGAAUAUCAGUCAUCUUCCUAUUUGUAAAUAAACUUUUUUUAAUGAUUCCUGGAUGGCAGUGAUGUGUCUGUAUGUAUUGAUGUAUUUUUUUUCCUGUGAUGAAAAAUACCUUUAUGUCAAGACAAAAUAAAGGGUAUAUGUGUACUGUUUUCUUUUA